AAACCUGUCUGAAGAUGGAUGCUACUUGUGCUGGGACUGGAGGUUCCUGGGAGAAUCCAAGCUGAGAGAGGCCAGCUGCUGCUAGUGCCAGUCCUGGGGCCACAGCAAGAGUUCUACUUGUCCAAUUCUGAAAGGGAACAUUAUGAAAAAGAAUUCAGCCAAGAACGACAACAAGAAAUUUUGAGAAGAACAGCGAAGGACUUACCUAUCUACACCACAUCAGGCUCAAGGACCAUCAGAUAUUGUGAAAGAUGUCAGUUGAUUAAACCUGACCGGGCGCAUCACUGCUCAGCAUGUGACAUAUGUAUUCUUAAGAUGGAUCAUCACUGUCCUUGGGUGAAUAACUGUGUGGGAUUUUCUAAUUACAAAUUCUUCCUGCUGUUUUUAUUGUAUUCCCUAUUAUAUUGCCUGUUCGUGGCUACAACAGUUUUACAGUACUUUAUAAAAUUUUGGACGCUUUGCCGCAGGAAGUCUACACAGAGUUGUCCAAAGAAUGAACUCACAGAUACACGUGCCAAAUUCCACGUACUUUUUCUUUUCUUCGUGUCUACAAUGUUCUUCAUCAGCGUCCUAUCACUUUUCAGCUAUCACUGCUGGCUAGUUGGAAAAAAUAGAACAACAAUAGAAUCAUUUAGUGCACCCACAUUUUCAUAUGGACCUGAUGGAAAUGGUUUCUCUCUUGGAUACAGUAAAAAUUGGAGACAAGUCUUUGGCGAUGAAAGGAAAUACUGGCUACUUCCAAUAUUUUCAAGUUUGGGUGAUGGUUGCAGUUUUCCAACUCGCCUUGUGGGAAUGGAUCCAGAACAAGCUUCUGUUACAAACCGAAAUGAAUAUGCCAGAAGUAUUGGCUCAAAUCAACCCUUUCCUAUCAAACCACUUAGUGAAUCAAAAAACCGAUUGCUGGAUAGUGAAUCUCAAUGGACAGAGAAUGGAUCUGAAGAAGGUACUGUCAGAUCAGGUUUAUAAAAACAUGGACUGAUAUUUUCAGUAUUAUUUGCAAGAAAAUUAUCAGUGGGAUGAAAUAAUUGAAGUAUAACAGAAGAUAUAUUUUUUCAAAAAAGGAAGCCUUCGUACAGAUUCCUGGAUCCACAGAAGCGCUACUGCAGAGCAGGAAGAUGCCUUAAUCUUAAGUCCAGCAUUGACUUAAAGCUGCAAAAGUGACUUGAUUUUACUUUGCAAAUAACACUUAUUGUUAUGAAAUGCUAUAAUAUGUCGGAUCACAUGUUAACAUGGCAUAUGUAUUUUUUUUUGAUACCUGAGUUACAUUAUCAGAGUUGUUUCUUGGUGUCUAUAUGAAUUUUCACUCCAGAAACAGAAGCUAACAAAUUCUCUUAAGUAAAGAACAUCUAGGACAGUAUGGUGGCUGAAACUGAAUAAUAAUAUCCAAAUUACUGUUGCUUGUACUAUGUAGGGAAAAGGAAAUGACUGCUUUCUAAAAAUUGGGUGUUUGAUCAUUUAUAAAUACUGUUUUAUACUUUUCAACAUUUUUAAUAAAGAUUUUUUAUUGUUGGCUAUACAGUAACACUCAGAAGGAUUAAGAUAUCUAAAUAUAAUGAUUUACAAUAUGGAGCACAUUUGUAUAAUUCAUUGAAGGUUUAGUUCUAAGCAUUAAUACAACAAUGUUGUAUAGUGUUGUGCCCAAGGCUUAAAGGAAACUUGGCAGUAUAAAAAAGAUUUUUGUU